AUGGUGCCAACUGUCCCGUAUUACAGGCACAGUCUGGGGGUUAAACAUACAAUAAGCGUGUGUUUCUCUGUCACAGAGGCGUCCCUCGCCCAGCGAGAGGUGGAGGUCCAGCGGGGGCCUCUGUUCCGCACCGUGGGCUCCCACAUCACCAUCUGGUGCACGGUGCGCGGCUACCAGGGCCCCCCCCAGCAGCACUUCCGCUGGUCCAUCUACCUGCCUUCUGCCCCCGAGCGCGAGGUCCAGAUGGUGAGCACAGAAGACGCGUCUUUCUCCUACGCCAUCUACAGCCAGCGCGUGCGCGGCGGAGACAUCUACGUGGAGAGAGCGUCCGGAGACCGCGCCGUCCUGCACAUCCGCCAGCUGCAGGAGCGAGACUCCGGGGAGUACGAGUGCCACACUCCCAACACCGACCCCACCUACCACGGGAGCUACAGCGCCAAGGUCAACCUGACAGUCAUUCCGGACACCUUGAGGGUCACGAUGGCCGCUCAGAAGCUGCUGAAGAGCGAAGGCGACCCGAUGGCUCUGACGUGCUUCGUGUCCAGGGAGUCCGCGCAGCACACUCACCUCUCCGUCACGUGGCUGCUCGAGAACCACAUCGCCGUGGAAACCCAGAUACUGACCUUAACUCGAGACUUCGUGCUCACAGCCGGCCCCGGGUACUCCGAACGCUUUGCCUCUGGAGACCUGCGGCUGGACAAACUCAACGCCACGUCCUACAGACUGUCCACGGCGGCCCUUCGGGUGACAGAUGGCGGAAACGUGUCCUGCCGGGCGUCUGAGUGGAUCCAGGACCCCGCGGACAUAUGGACAGAGAUCAUGGCGAAGCAGUCAGAGAAAUCCAGCGUGGGGGUCUCUGCUCGGGAGGGAGGUGGUUUUGUGGCUACGCUGAGAGCCGACGGCGGGGACCUCAUCCCCGGGAAGCCCCUGGAGGUUUUUUGCUCCAUCAGCAGCCGAGAGGCAUCCGGGCGCCGAUACCACGUCGAGUGGUUACUCAAUAAUAGCAGGCUUGGGACGUGGUAUCCAUCGGGGGUCUUCUCCUUCGAGGGGCAGCAUGGUGGCCGGGGAGCACAGGGAGAGCUGGUUUUGGGGAGGAGGAGUCAGGACACUUGGUAUUUGAGGAUUAGCCGAGUGCGAGUGGAGGACGGAGGCUCAUACUCGUGUGUCGUGUCCGAGGAGGAAAGCGGAGGCUCGGGAACGCAGAGGACCCAAACAUCUAACGCCGAGUCCGUAACCGUGACAGAAAUAGGCCCCUCCCUGGGCGUGGCUCUCAGUGUCCGGGCGCCAGGCGUUGCAGUGGGCGGAGCCGUUGGUCUGAUCUGUGCCGCGUCAGCCCAAUACAGUUUGGCAAACAGAACCCUCCUGUGGGCCUGGGACUUCUGCCCCGGCUCGGGCCCCUGCGGGCAGUUCCUGGAGGUGGUUCGUAUGUCUCCGAACGGCGACUUGUCUUGGGGGGACUCGCUGCCCGGCUUCCAGGGGAAGGCCCAGCUUUCUGUGUCUGGGAAAAGGUCGACGCUGAGUCUCCACCGUGUGCAGAGAGGCCAGUCCGGGUCGUACCGCUGCAGGGUCCGGACGGAGGAGACCACCAAAGCGUCAGCCGCCUCCAACAACGUAAUGAUACAAGUGUCACUGCCAGGCAGCCAACUGAAAGUUGACGGGACGUCCAGAGUUCUGUCGCUGAGUAACGGUGACGAGCAGAUAAGUGUGAGCUGCCGCAUCAGCGCCCGGACCCCUCAUACCUUCCUCAACGUCACUUGGCUCUUCCGCCCAGUGGCGGCUCCCUCCCCACGGGAGAUCCUGAGGGUCAGCCAAGACGGGGUGUCCACGCUGCUGGCCCCCACUCAGGACUCGCGAUUCCUUAGUGAGCGAGUGUCCUCAGACACCUUCAUCCUGAGGAUCCUGAGACCGGAUCUCAGCCAGCUUGGGUCAUACCACUGUGUGGUCGGAGAGUGUCUGCGGGGGGAGGCUGGAGAUUGGAUCCCACUGGAGGAGAAGACGUCUGGGCACACAACCUUGGAAUUCAGGAGAUCGGAGAAAAACCUCAACAUCCCCAAAACCAACAGCAGCGUGGAGGUGGUGGAGGGGCAGGAUGUGGUGCUGCGUUGCCCCCUGGGGGUGGUUCCGAACUCCGUGGCCCUCUACUCCGUGUCCUGGUAUUAUCAGGACUCCGCACCCCAUCCCGCCAGACUUCUAUUCCACGCCGGCUGGGACGGGGUGACCCGCUACGAGGGGUCACAGGCAGAACGGCUGCGCCUCCUGACCGCCAGCCGGGGCAAUUACAGCCUGAUCCUCCACGGUGUGGGGCAGAACGACUCCGGGACCUACCACUGCCGUGCAGAGGAGUGGAGGCAGCAGGCUGGAGGAGGAGGCCGGAGUCUGGAGGAUUCUGACGUGUCCGGAUACACGCGGCUCACGGUCACGGCUCCAGGGGAUCAUCUGAGUCUGAACUGCACAGCGUCGGCCCUCCUGGUUCCUGCCCCCCAGAGCCUUCUCCUGCCCUGCCAAGUGCUGUCCGUCUCUCGAACCGACUCCGCCCUCUCAGUGUCCUGGUGGAGGUCUGUGGCCCCCGGGGCCCAGGAAGAGCUGCUGUUCCGUGUCAGCCCUUGGGGUCAGUUUAAAUACCCCAGUGAACGGGGGGCUCGGCUGCUUCAGUUUGAGAGGCCGUCCAAGCUCCACUUCCAGCUGAGGAUCCUGCAGCCCGAGGAAGCGGACGGCGGGGUGUAUCACUGCAGGGUUCUCGAGUGGGCGCCGGACGCCCGUGGAGUCUGGAACCCAGGAAAAGAGCGCAGGGCCGGGAACAUCUCUGUCACCGUCCUGCCGGCAGGCGGUGUGUCGGAGCCCCUGCUCUGCUCCCUGGUGGGGGUGGCCGUUCUCUGCGUCCUCCUGGUCUCUGCCCUCGUCUGGUUGUUCCUGAGACAGAGGAGGCUCCAGAACCAUCGCUUACAUCCCAGGACAGAAGCCGAGAUCCCGAUGAAGGACAGGGAAUGAUCGCCAUAUUACUGCCCUUCCAACCACCUCAUCGCAAGCAGUGACGGCCUCCACCUCAUCGCAAGCAGCGACGGCCUCCACCUCAUCGCAAGCAGUGACGGCCUCCACUUCAUCUCAAGCAGCGACGGCCUCCACCUCAUCGCAAGCAGCGACGGCCUCCACCUCAUCGCAAGCAGCGACGGCCUCCCCUCAUCGCAAGCAGCGACGGCC